CAGCAGAGAGUUGUUGAAAGGACUGAAACGGAGAGUCGGUGUGGGACCAGCGAGCCUGUCACUGAGCUGUCCGGAGGGAGGCGACUGAACCGGGAAACAUAUGAUCUGAGAAGGUGUUGUGUGUCCUCUGGUCAGCUGGAAUCAGGAUGCAGUUCUCAGUCAGACUGAGUUUCUUCCUGCUGGGCUUUGUUCUCAUCGCCGUGUUACCUGACACAGCAAAAGGCCAGGUCUCACCACCACGGAGAUUUCGUUUCAAAGUUUUGGGACAGAACAAGCUCGAGGUAUCAUGGAAAGAACCAAAAGGAAAUUUUGAAGGCUACAAGCUCCUUUACACCACACGUCCAGGUGAUCAACAGAAGGUGUUGGAAUUAGCAAAGCAGGAGACAAAGCUUGUCAUCAGAGAUUUUGACUCCUCAAAGGAGUACAACUUUAAGAUCGUCGCUGUUAACAAGGGGAAGGAGAGUAAAGCUCUACAAGGAAACAUUAAAGCUCAGCGAUCAGGCUCUGAAACAGCUCAGACUGGGGGGAAAAAAAGUGAUGUAACACGAGAAAACAACGAGAUCUCAGAAGCUGAAGAUGGAUUCACGUGCAAGACCCCUGCCAUAGCCGACAUCGUGAUUCUGGUGGACGGCUCCUGGAGUAUCGGUCGCAUUAACUUCAGGCUGGUUCGAGCCUUUCUGGAACAGCUUGUUAAUGCUUUCUCUGUGGAAUUUGACAAGACAAGGAUUGGACUGGCUCAGUACAGUGGAGACCCCAGGAUUGAGUGGCAUCUGAAUGCUCACACUACCAAGGAGGCUGUAAUAGAGGCUGUGAAAAACCUGCCCUAUAAAGGAGGAAACACACUGACAGGUCUGGCUCUUACCUUUAUCUUGGAAAACAGUUUUAAAGCAGAAUCAGGCUCCCGGCCUGGUGUUCCAAAAAUAGGAAUCCUGAUCACUGAUGGGAAAUCCCAAGACGACGUUAUUCCUCCUGCGCAAAGCCUGAAGGAUGCUGGGAUAGAACUGUUUGCUAUCGGUGUGAAAAACGCAGAUGAAAACGAGCUGAAGGCCAUUGCCUCCCCUCCCGAGGAGACUCAUGUUUACAACGUGGCAGACUUCAGCGUGAUGAGUGACAUCGUGGAAGGUCUCACCACGACGGUCUGUGACCGCGUGGAUCAGCUCGACAAAAAAAUAAAAGGGGAAGGAGGCAAAGCUCCACCAGUUGCCGCCGUUGCGCCCCCUCGUGAUCUUGUGACAUCAGAGAUAACGGCUCGCAGUUUUCGAGUGACAUGGACUCAUGCACCUGGUCAAGUGGAGAAAUAUCGAGUGGUUUACUAUCCAGCCAGUGGAGGUCUGCCAGAAGAAAAGGUGGUCUCUGGGACAGAGAACAGCGUGGAGCUGACCUAUCUGAACUCCCUCACAGAGUACCAGGUGGCCGUUUUUGCCAUCUACCGCAGCACUGCCAGUGAGGCCCUGAGAGGAAGUGCCACAACAUUGGUGCUGCCCACAGUGAACGACCUGGAUUUGUUCGAUAUUACUCCCAGCACCAUGAGGGUUCGCUGGAAGAUCGCUGCUGGGGCUUCAGGGUACAUGAUCCUGUAUGCUCCCCUGACUGAGCAGGACGCUGCAGAUGAGAAGGAGGUUAAGGUGGACGCUUCUGUAACUGAGGUGGAGCUGGAAGGGUUAACUCCAGCCACUGAAUACAUCGUGACAGUUUACGCCAUGUAUGGAGAGGAGGCCAGUGAUCCCAUGACCAGUCAACAGACCACAUUACCUCUGAUCCCAGCAAGGAAUCUUCGUUUUUCGGACGUGGACCACAGCUCUGCUCGCAUUACAUGGGAAUCCCCUUCCAGGUUGGUCCGAGGUUACCGCAUCAUGUACGUCAAGACCAGUGGAGUCCAAACUAAUGAGGUGGAUGUUGGUUCUGUGACGAGCUACUUGCUCCGAAACCUGACCUCCACGACUGAGUACACGGUCGGGGUUUUUGCAAUCUACAAAGAGGGCGAAGCUCCAGCUGUGACCGAAAGCUUCACCACACAGGUGGUCCCGGAUCCGCUGGAUCUGAAGAGCAGCGAUGUUUCCUCAGAUGGCUUCAGGGUAUAUUGGCAACACCCGGCCUCUGAUGUGGUGCUCUAUCGACUCAUCUGGACCCCAACCGAUGGGGGAGACAGUGAGGAGGUUAUGGUGAAUGGGAACACUAACACUUAUCUGAUUAAAGGACUAGAGCCUGCUUCAGAGUAUGAAGUCCUCCUGGCUGCUGUCUACGCCAAUGAGGUUGAGAGUGAUGAGGUGGUGCUGGUAGAAACCACUGCUAAGAGGACAACUACAGUUGCUACGACAACCACAACGACAUUAACUCCUCGUUAUGCGGUAAAGAAUCUGAGGAUCGAUGAAGAAACCACAUUUAGCAUGCGGGUGUCGUGGCAGGCUGUCGACUCCAGGAAUGUCCGUCAUUAUCGAUUGACCUACAUUAGUGCCAGGGGAGAUCGAGCAGAGGAGACGAGGACGGUGCCCUCGGGUCAAACCAGCCUGGUUCUGCAGCCUCUCCUUUCAGAUACAGAGUACAAAGUCACCAUCAUCCCUGUUUAUUCUGAUGGAGAUGGUCCAGUAUCCUCCCAAAUGGGACGGACACUUCCUCUUUCUGCUCCUAAGAACCUGCGAGUCUCAGAAGAAUGGUACAACCGCUUCAGGAUCAGCUGGGACGUUCCUCCUUCCCCCACUAUGGGGUACAGAGUCGUCUACCAGCCUCUUUCUGGCACUGGACAAGCUCUGGAGACCUUUGUGGGAGAGGAUGUAAACACCAUGCUUAUUCUCAACCUAUUGAGUGGGACAGAGUACAGUGUCAAGGUCAUAGCGUCCUACACCACAGGAUCCAGCGAGGCUCUCACAGGAAAGGCCCGGACCUUGUACCUGGGAGUGAACAAUCUGAGCACAUAUCAAGUGAGGAUGAGUAGUGUUUGUGCUCAGUGGGGGCCUCAUCGACAUGCCACUUCCUACAGACUAGUUAUUCAGUCUCUGACUGGAAGUCAGAAACAGGAGACGAAGCUCGGUGGAGGAGCCAGCAGACACUGCUUUAACAACCUGAAGCCCAACACUGAGUAUAAGAUCAGCGUCUACUCUCAGCUACAGGACGGGACUGAAGGACCUGCAGUCACAGCAAAUGUGAAAACAUUACCGAUCCCAACAGCGGCACCAGUCAAGCCCCCAACCACCACCCCACCACCUACAAUUCCUGCUGCUAAGGAAGUUUGCAAGGCAGCCAAAGCAGACCUGGUCUUUUUAGUCGAUGGUUCCUGGAGUAUUGGUGAUGAAAACUUCCUGAAGAUCAUCCGGUUCCUGUACAGCACCGUUGGAGCUCUUGACCGCAUCGGCCCAGACGGCACGCAGGUUGCUAUAGCCCAGUUCAGUGAUGACGCUCGGACUGAGUUCAAGCUGAACUCCUACAGUGACAAAGAGCGUCUGCUUGAUGCCAUCAACAGGAUCUCCUACAAAGGAGGAAACACUAAAACAGGUCGAGCCAUCCAGCAUGUGAAGGAAAACAUCUUCACUGCUGAGGGAGGAGUGAGAAGAGGGAUCCCCAACGUCCUUGUGGUUCUUACCGAUGGUCGAUCACAGGAUGAUGUCAAUAAAGUUUCCAAAGAGAUGCAGAUGGCAGGUUACAUCGUAUUUGCUAUCGGCUUCGCUGACGCUGACUACGGAGAGCUGGUGAGCAUAGCCAGUAAACCGAGCGACAGGCACGUCUUCUUUGUCGACGACCUGGAUGCCUUUCAGAGGAUCGAGGAGAAGCUGGUGACCUUUGUCUGCGAGGCGGCCACCGCAACUUGUCCUUCAAUACCAAUGAGUGGCAGCACAAUGCCAGGUUUCCGUAUGAUGGAGCUGUUUGGACUGGUUGAAAACAAGUACAACAGCAUCUCUGGUGUUUCUAUGGUUCCUGGCACUUUCAAUGCAUUCCCCUGUUUCCAUCUGCACAGCAACGCUCUGAUGGAACAGCCAACCAGGUUUAUCCAUCCUGAGGGGCUUCCCUCUGACUACACCAUAACCCUGCUGUUUAGAGUUCUGCCCGAUACCCCAAAGGAGCCCUUUGCAAUCUGGGAGAUCCUAAAUAAGAACAACGAUCCGCAAACUGGGGUCAUCCUGGACAAUUCAGGGAAAACUCUGACAUUCUUCAACAAUGACUACAGAGGGGAAUUUCAGACUGUCACAUUUGAAGGUCCAGAGAUCCAGAAACUCUUCUUCGGGAGCUUCCACAAGCUGCACAUUGCAAUCAGCAAGACGAGUGCCAAGGUGUUCAUCGACUGCAAAAUGGUGACAGAGAAGUCGAUCAACGCUGCAGGAAACAUCAGCACAGAUGGGAUGGAAGUUCUGGGCAGGAUGGUUCGCUCUCGACAGAACCAGGACAACUCUGCACCGGUAAACAGCCAUCCCACCAUGAUCAUCCAGAGGAAGGAAGCAGACUGCCCGGCCUUGCCCAAAGCCUGCACCUGCACACAAGACAGCAAAGGUCUACCUGGUCCUCCCGGAGUACCAGGGGGCCCUGGGAUCAGAGGGGCCAGAGGGGAUCGAGGAGAGCCAGGCCCGGUGGUAAGUUGA